AUGAAGUACACUCUCGCUCUCUCCGCCCUGUUCGCCACUGCCCUGGCCAUGCCCACUGUCCAGGGUGGCAGUAAGAAGAAGGAUGGCAAAACAUGCGACAGCCAUGAAACCGUCGUCUGCAGCGGCAUGGGAAAUGGUGGUCUCUUGUCCUUGGGCAACAUUCUUCCAGGUCUUGCUGGUGAGAACUGCUCCGGUGGUGACGUCUACUGUUGCUCCGAGGAGGAUGUGAAGCAGGUUGGUUUGAUCAACUUGGACCUCAACCUGCAGUGCAGCUUCAACCACUUUCUGUAG